AUGUCCAAUUUCUUCCAGAGCGUGGUGCCCGACGGCGCUGGCAUGUCUCCAUCCUACCCCCACGCCCAAGCAGCCAUGUCAACCCCUCCUUCUGCUGCCUUGGAGCCCUCGCAGCCCGAACAGCGCGACUCUAUCAAAUAUUUCUUCCAGGAAAAAUACGCCUCGUUAAACGUCAAGGGGAACUUCCUGACCCUCUGUGCUUGUCCGAAGAAUGUCGAACUUGGCGAGUGGCUUGCCCACCAAGUUGUCGAACAAAACCGCCUCCUCCAUGGUAUGCUGCAGGUUAUACAAGAAAUCAAUAGCGUCACCGGUUACCCGAUCUGUAAUGAGAUGACGUGUCCGACCAUGUCUGCUGGAAAUUUAACAUACACUUGGCUGGUAGACGGCAAGGCCGCGCGGAUAUCUGCUCCCAAGUUCAUCAAUCGCGUCGAGAAAUGGAUUGUCAGCAAGAUUCACGACCCGGUCAUGUUCCCCACUGACCCGGUCACCACCACCCCCUUCACUUUCGGCUACAACGAGCUAGCCAACAGUGAAAAUGGAGGCAGCCCUGCCCAGGGCUCUGAUCCAUCUCAGGACUGGAUUGGAAAGUCGAGCGGCUUCCCGCCCACCUUCUACAAGGACUGUCAAGGCAUCAUGAAACAGAUGUUCCGCUGCUACGCUCACUUGUACCACGGCCACUGGGAGAACCCGUUCUGGCACAUCAACAAGCACGAAGUCCUAAACAUGUGCUUUGUCCACUUUGUCACCGUUGCCAAAUACUACAAGCUCGUUUCAGACAAAGAACUGGAACCAAUGCAACCCCUGAUUGACAUUUACACUACGCAAGAGAAGAUCCCCCCAGAAGCCCUUGCCGGCCACUGGGCUCAGCAUGCUUCCCCCCAGCCAUGA